AUGAGCAGCGCGGACUCCUUGCCAUGGCGGAAACCUGAGACCCUCUCUCAGGCGUCGGAUAUGCUACGGAUGACCGUUUGCUUAAAGCCUGUCAUCUGGUGUCUGCGUCUGUACGACGACCAUGUAGCUUGCAAGCUCCGCAGACCUCCCGAGAUGCGUGAGCUCGCGGGGCGUGCUUGUGAGGAGCCGGCGAUGGAUCCUCUCCCAAAGCGGCGGAAACGCGCGCUCACGGAUCCACUCCCGGCUCUGGAGCCGUCUCAAGGCAUGGCGUAUAGCAUACGAAGGUCUCGACAAAGGACAGACUGCCAGAAAAUGUCGUCCUUCUUGACGAAGCUCCCUUUCGAAAUCCGAGAAAUGAUAUAUGAGCAGGUGCUCGCGGGGGGAGAUGGGAGUGUGGUUCAUAUAUUGCGGAAGCAGGGACGACUAGGACAUUGGCGGUGCAGAAUGCAGGAUGGGUUGGAGCUUUGCGAUUCCAAGGGACGUCGUUGUGUCGAGGGUUGGCUUUCAUAUAAAACGAAGGUGUGGCAUUUGGAUAGAAGUGGAAGGCUUGAUCUGAUCACAGACGACGGGUUGGUGCCGUUGCUACGAACGUGCCGGCUCAUAUACUCGGAGGCAGUUCGAGUACUUUAUGCGAAGAACAUUUUCCACUUUUAUGACCCAGGAGAUAUCCGCCAUUUCAGUCGCGCCAUCCUACCUCAACGUUUGAACGCAAUCCAAUCUAUUAUCAUGGACUGGGAAAGGACAUUCAGUAUCUUCAAUCCGUACAAUACGAUACCGAAGCAAGCUAACGAGGAAUGGAAAGCCUGGAGAGAGACCUGGGCUAUCGUUGCGAGAAUGGAAGGCUUAAAGGAGAUGAGGGUCUUCUUGAAGAGUCAUAAGUUCAUAGUGUCAAAGAUCAGGCGAAUCAAAAUGUGCCAGCCGAUGAUGGAGGUCAAAGGAUUGAGGAUCUUCGAGGUCGUAGUCCCAUGGGAUGAUGACGGAGACUGGGAUUUUGCUUCCAAUGCCCCGUUUAAAAUCCUGAGGGGUCCUGACAGGUCUGUCUUGUGA